UUUGUGGCCUUCUCCCCCUCUGUGCACCGUGUGCCUCACUCCUCCCGUCCCAUCUCGUUUGCCGUCUCCAACGAUUAAGGGUCGAAGCUACAGUAAGGAAGCGACUUGAUUCGACGAGCCCACGUAUAUACCCUCUUUUUUUUGCGGCGCACUCUUCCUCCCUCCGUCUUGGUUUUCUGGCUCUGUUCCUUCGUCUUCUAGGUGUACAUUCGGAAGCCAAUUCAUUCCGAUAAGGCCAUGGCGUCGACUUCGCAGCAGCAGUCACCGGCCGUCCAGGCUGUGCUGACAGCGCUAGACGCCCUGUACAACAAGCCAGAGAAAGAGGCAAAGGACCAGGCCAACAGUUGGCUGCAAGACUUCCAGAAGACUCCCGAAGCAUGGGAGACGGCCAAUACCUUGCUCCUUGCGCAAGACUUGCCGAUCCCGCCUCGGCUGUUUGCUUCGCAGACGUUCCGGACAAAGACGACAUUCGAUCUCGACCAGGUCCCACGAUCAUCGCUCCCUUCGCUCCGGGCCACUUUGCUCACUGCACUGGAAUCCUACGUUGCCGGGCCCCGAGUGAUCCAGACGCAGCUCUGCCUCACCCUCUCGACUCUGGCUCUCCAGCUGCACGAGGGAGAAGACCCAGAGUGGGGCGACAACGUGGUGCCUUGGAUGGUGGAAAAGUUUGGCAAGGAUCCGAAGAGCGUCGUCACGUUGCUGGAGUUUCUCACCGUCCUGCCAGAGGAGGUGACGGGAAAUCACAGGAUCCCCGUGGAUAACAACCAAUAUAACCAGCGUGUCCAGACCCUGCUUGUGCGGUACAGAGAUGAGGUCCUGAAGGUCCUCGCCAUGUACAUCCAGGCUCAAGGCGUCACACCCCAAAUUCAAUCUGCGAUCCUUUCGUGCCUCGCAUCGUGGCUUCGAUGCGGCGAGAUCAGCGUAUCGGUUCUUCUCGGCACGCCACUCUUUGCCCUCUCUUUCGACGCUCUCUCAUCGGACCCCCUCUUCGAUGUGGCAGUCGACGUGGUGUGCGACAUCAUCAACGAGACGCAGGAAAUCGAGGAGAACAUGGAUGCGAUUCAGCUCAUUGUGCCGAGAAUACUGGCCCUCCAGCCGGAUCUCGCAAAGGCCGCUGCAGACGAAGACGAUGACAAAGUUCGCGGGCUGUGCCGAGUCUUUGUUCAAGCCGCCGAGACCUACCACCAUCUCAUCCUUCGGCACCGGCAAGAGUUCUGGCCUCUCGUCGAGGCCGUGAGUGAAUGCGCGAGCUACAGCGACCUCGACAUUGUCCAAAUCACCUUCCGAUUCUGGUACCUCCUUGCCACGGACCUGGGACGGAUCUCGGAAAGGCACCAGGAUCCCAGCAUGGCACUCAUGCUCGACGUCUACAAGCGGCUGCUCGACGUCAUUGUCAAGCAUCUCCGCUUCCCAGACAACCUUGACACCCUCACGGGUCAAGAGAGAGAUGACUUCCGAAGCUUCCGACAUUACAUGGGUGACACGCUCAAGGAUUGUUGUCACGUCCUGGGAAGCCAACCGUGCUUGGCCAGGAGCUUGGCGAUGAUCCAAGAUGUCCUGCAACGCGGAGCCAGCGGAGGUGGGGCAGCUGUGGCAUGGCAGGACGUUGAGGCUCCUUUGUUCUCAAUGCGAGCCAUGGGUGCCGAGGCGGAUCCUCGGGACGAUGAUGUCGUGCCAAAGAUUAUCGAUCUGAUCCCCUCGCUGCCCCAACAUCCAAAGCUCAAUUAUGCGGCCCUCCUUGUCGUUUCGAGAUAUACCGAAUGGGUCGAUCACCAUCCCGACCGGAUCCCGGGUCUUUUGAGCUUCAUCUCCGCAGGCUUCAGCUCCAAUGAUGUCGACGUCAUGGCCGCCGCUUCGCAAGCUAUGAACUACAUGUGUCAGGACUGCAAGAGGCACCUCGUUCCUUUUUUGCCGCAGCUCUACGAGUUCUUCCAUCAGGUGACAGAGUCAUUGGGGCCCGAGGACCUGAUGAGCAUCUCAGAAGCCAUCGCCCACAUCAUCGCAGGCAUGCCUCCUCAGGAGGCCUCCCAACCACUGCUGCAGUUCACCCAGCCUUUGCUGCAGACGCUGCACACCAUCGCCGCAAAGGGUACCACUGCGACAAAGGACGAACUGCGCAAGGCUGGCGACCGGAUGGAGCAGCUCGAGCGGUUCCUCUACAUUCUCGGCGACCGCCUCGCCACUGCCGGUGCGCUGUCGCAGGAGUGCUCAAAGACAUGCCAGGAGGCCUACUCGGUCCUCGACCAGAUCUUGGACCAGCAUGGCGCCACUUACUUCAUCUCAGAGCGAGCUUGUGCCCUGAUUCGUCGCGGCCUCGUCUUCUUCGGAGACUUGACACUGGCAACGUUGCCAGCGCUUCUCUCGCGCAUGGCUGCGGAGUUCGAAAGGACCGGUUUCCCCGCUUACGUGUGGAUCGUAGGCAAAUCGAUUGACGGGUAUGCUGCCUCAACCAACGAUGACGCUCUCCGCAGUGCGAUGAGUGACGCUUUCGAGCGUGUCAGCGCCAAGCUCAUGUCGUUGUUGGAACGAGCGAGAAUGCAGGACAUCGCUGAUGUCAUCGACGAUUACGUCCACGCGUGCUCGGCCAUCGUUGCGAGAUCACCGUCUCUGAUCCUCCUUUCUCCAGUCUUUGCACCUGCCUUCCAGACAGCUGUUGCAGCGCUGAGCCUCUAUCAGCCUGGUCUUGUGUCAGCUGCGCUGGACUUCAUCCGCGACGUUGUCGGUCAUGAGUCGAUUCAGGGCGCUCCUGCUCAGCCACAACCAACACAGUCGGCAUUGUCUCCCGCGGAGACCCAAGCCUAUGCUGAAUCGAUCCGACGAGUCGUCGACCAGCACGGCUACUCCCUCAUUUCGGUUCUCCUGCAAGGUCUAGUGACGUCGUUUGAGCCUGAGGACCUCGGUACGGUCCUGACGACGGUCCGCGUGCUCUGCAUGACGUUCUCUCACCAGGUCUCUGCCUGGAUCGAGCCGGCGUCCGAGACGCUGCCAACGGCAAACGUGUCACUACAGGACCGAGCGGCGUUUGUGCAGGGCAUGCGAGAGGCAUUGGCUGCGUCGAGCCUGGAGGGAGUCAGGAGCACCUUGCAGAGGCUUUACGGCGCUUCACGAAAGGCGAGAGAAAGGGCAAGGAUGGACCGGCAGGAUAGCCUGUACGCAUCGGAGCGGUGAAGAUGUCUCUUCCCAAAGAGGAAACGCGGAAGUAGCGAAACUUUGAUCUCUCCUUGUCGUUGAAUACCGGCCGUUUUGGGCGAGACGGAUAUUAGACAAGCCUCAACAAGUCUCUUCUCCUUUCCACAGGUGGUGUGCUGAUUGUGCAUUUGAGAGCAAGUAGCAGCAUCAUACAAGAGGUCAAUUUAAUUACACUUCUACAAACGCUC